UCUCAAUGGUUAUGCUUUCAUAAAUAUCGCGUAACUAAUCUCGUUACUCUUGUUCCUGUACUGUAAUAAUAUGGUAGUAACUCGGCAUCUUAUAUUGUGGUCGCUUUAUCAGAUUUAACCCCUGCUUAAACCUUGAAAGAUCAGUUGGCUAAAAGAUCAAAGUGUUCUUUCUUCCACACUCUAAAAGUCAAGCGAAAAAAAUGAAAGUUAUUUACAAUUUCUGUCCACAGUUAUCUCCGUAAUGUUACGUCACUACGCCCUCAGGAAUGUACCCAAAAAUUCACUAAUAUGUGAAAAAAAUGUUUAAUUGGUCCGGUGUCCUAAAGGUGUAACGGAUUACUUGAUAGCGCAUGCAUUUUUUCCUUAUUUAUCCCCUUUUUCUACAAAAAAAACACUCAAAAAUGUUGUGAAAAAUGCGUACUAUGCACAGUUAUCUCACAGAGUUCACUGAUCUCAUCCAAAUUUUGUGCGAGGAGUGCCCGCGUGGACGAUAUGACGUCAUAUCCGCGCUAGGCGUCGCGGGAAGAUUAAAGCGCGGGAACUUGUGAACAAAAUGGCUGAACAAGAAGGAUCGCAAAAUUCUCAAUAUAACCAAAAUGAUUUACCAGAAUUACUAAAGCAAUACUACAAACGAGUAUUUCCCUAUAAAUUGUAUUAUCAGUGGCUCAGUUAUGGCGAGGCUGGUCGUUCAAGAUAUUUUGCCCAUCGUGAGUUUUCUUUCACUCUGAAAGAUGAUAUCUACAUCCGAUAUCAAUCAUUUACUGAUCAAAAUGACAUGGAGAAAGAAAUUCAAAAAAGAUGCCCUCAUAAGAUUGAUAUUGGUGCUGUCUUUUCUCUGAAGCCUAAAGAUAACAAAUUGUCAAAAGCAAGCAAUUUCCGCGCAGAAGAAAGAGAACUGGUUUUUGAUAUUGAUAUGACGGAUUACGAUGAAGUCAGAACAUGUUGUUCGGGAGCAGCUAUCUGCCAGAGAUGUUGGCCAUUUAUGAAGAUUGCGAUGAGAAUUGUUGAUAGGGCAUUAAAAGAGGACUUUGGGUUUGAACAUCGUCUUUGGGUAUACAGUGGUCGCCGAGGCGUUCAUUGUUGGGUUUGUGAUGAAACUGCUCGGAAGUUAUCCCAGGGUGCAAGGUCGGCCAUUGCAGAGUAUCUCAGUGUUAUAAAGGGAGGAGAGAAUCAAGUGAAAAAGGUUCAUUUUUCAUCAAAGCUUCAUCCUUCACUAAACCGAGCAUUAAGAAUAUUGGAAAAGUAUUUUCCGUCGCUGAUGUUGAAAGACCAAGACAUUUUAUCAAAUGAGGAAUCCUGGAAGAACGUUUUAGCGUUGGUCCCUAUGGAAACGACCCAAAAUAAACUCGAGGAAUCCUGGAAAAAACAGGAUAGAACAUCCACGCAGAGAUGGGAAGAAUUGGAAAUUGAAUUGGGUAGUGGGAUGAAGAAAUAUCGUGAGGAAAUCAUGUUCCAAUAUUGCUACCCAAGACUUGAUGUCAAUGUUACGAAAGGACUUAAUCAUUUGCUCAAAAGUCCGUUUUGCAUUCACCCUAAAACAGGACGGGUCUGCGUUCCUAUUGAUAUCGACAAAGUUGAUAGCUUUGAUCCUUUUGAAGUACCCACAAUAAGCGAACUUUGUCAGGAAAUUGACGACACCGGCAAAAACACGCCGAUUAAUGAAAGCCAACAAUCUGAAUCUCAGACAUCCAAAGGAUACAAGAGCGCUUUACUGGAAAGCAGCAUGAAAGUUUUCGAGAAAUUCUUGCAAAAACUCGCCGUGGAAAACCAGAGACGGAACAGGGACAAGAGAAAGGAAAACGAGAAGACGACGGAAUGGUGAAUAUUUAUUUCACAUGCAAUAAGAACGUUCCAAGUGAGAAGAUAAGUUCAUAUAUCAUGUUUGGUCUAUUGUGAAAUAUUGAAGAAACUAGAAAGUGAUUUUACAUCCACUUUACUCAUGAAAAUUGAGGACAUUCUCGAAUAUUUGAUUGACAUUGGUUAAGACGUUGAAAUUGGAAUGUGAUAAUAGGAAUU